CGUGCUGGCCCUGGUGGCCACCAUCAUGCUGGUGCAGGUCAGCCACAUGGUCAAGCUGACUCUCAUGGUGCUGAUCACUGGGGCAGCCGGCACUGUCAACAUCUACGCCUGGGAGCACAUCUUCGACCAGUACGACCGCCGCCGCAGCCAGCAGAGCAUGUCCUCACUCGUCCCUUCCAAGUAUUCCAUGACAGCCAUGAUCUUCAUCGUGAUGCUCAGCUUUUACUACUUCUCUCGCCACGUGAGUGACUCAACCCCCUUAGGAGGCCCCUUUCUUCCUUCCCCUCUGUGUUGUUACUACAGCCCCGAGCCUGAUUUCUGCAUGCUCCAAGGAA